GCUGUCACAUUGUCUUCACUCGCGUCUGUAAAUUGUUUCGUUUUUCUGCAUUUCAGAAAAACAAGCGAAAAGAGCGAAUAAAAAGUCUCUUUCGGCCGCACGCGCGUACCCACACACUGCCACAAUGGUUAAGCUAACGCCGGAAUUGAUCAACCAGUCGAUGCAGUACAUAAACCCGUGUCGGGAGCGCGAGCUGGAUUUGCGCGGCUACAAGAUCCCACAGAUAGAGAACCUGGGUGCCACACUGGAUCAGUUCGACACGAUCGAUCUGUCUGACAACGAUCUCCGCAAGCUGGACAACCUGCCGCAUCUGCCGCGCCUCAAGUGCCUGCUGCUGAACAACAACCGCAUUCUGCGGAUCAGCGAGGGUCUGGAGGAGGUCGUGCCCAACCUGAGCUCCAUCAUCCUGACGGGCAACAACCUGCAAGAGCUGAGCGACCUGGAGCCGCUGGCGGCGUUCACCAAGCUGGAGACCAUAUGCCUGCUCAUAAAUCCGGUGUCCACAAAGCCCAACUACCGCGAGUACAUGGCCUACAAGUUCCCACAGUUGCGGCUACUCGACUUCCGGAAGAUCAAGCAGAAGGACCGGGCGGCGGCCCAGGAGUUUUUCCGCACCAAGCAGGGCAAGGACAUGCUGAAGGAGGUCAGCCGGAAGUCAAAGCUGAGCGCCGCCGCCGCCCUGGCCGCAGAGGCGAGCAACGGCAAGGGCAGAGGGGAUGGCGGGCGAUUGGCCAAUCCGGAAGACAUGCAACGCAUCCGCGAGGCGAUCAAGCGCGCCAGCUCACUGGCAGAGGUCGAGCGGCUGUCGCAGAUCCUGCAGAGCGGCCAGCUACCGGAGAAGUUCCAGCACGAGCAGGAGGUGGGGCAGAAUGGAGCCGCUCACAACGGCUCCGGACCCGUGGCUGUGGCCAUGGAGUACUAGGAUACCGACCAUCUGUCAGCUACCUUAUAACCGUAGACCAAUAUUUUAUAAUAAAACGCCGUAACAAGUUU